UUCUGCCGCAUUUGACUUUGAUGCCGAUCUGAUCGGCACGUGGCACUUCGCGCACCCGAACGCAGCACAACACAACAGGUCCGCUAAGUUUUCGGGCGUGUCAGACUUUUGCCGAAAAAAAAAAAAAAAAAAAAAAAACUCCAACCGAGAAGUGGCGGAAGCGUCGUGCGAGCGACUCACCGCAGCGAAGCUAUUUGGGGCGUGCGUGACGGGAGGAGCCCCCUCCCCAAAUAUAAAGCCCCCUUUCCCCUCGGCCACACGGGAGGAGAGAGAACCUGCGAGAAGGAGCUGCCACCUCCGCGCGCUCCUUUGCACCGGCGAGCACUUUUCCGUUGACGCCGAGAAGAAGUCGCGCCCGCCUCGCUCUCGUUUCGGGCAAUCGGGGCCGAGCGCAAUCCCAGCCGGUCUCCGAUCGGCGGCUUCGGCGCACGCAUGGCCGCCCUCAUCAGCGCCUACUCGUCGUGGCCCGAGUCGUUCGAGUGUCAGCCGGCGGACGGCAGCGCGGCCGGCGGCGGCGGCGGGGACAAGGCGCCGGAGCCCCGCAUCCGCCGGCCCAUGAACGCCUUCAUGGUUUGGGCCAAGGACGAGCGCAAGAGGCUGGCGGUGCAGAACCCGGACCUGCACAACGCCGAGCUCAGCAAGAUGCUCGGGAAGUCGUGGAAGGCGCUGACGCCGCCCCAGAAGAGGCCUUACGUGGAGGAAGCCGAGCGUCUGCGUGUGCAGCACACGCAGGACUACCCCAACUACAAGUACCGGCCUCGCCGCAAGAAGCAACUCAAGCGCAUCUGCAAGCGGGCGGACCCCGCUUUCCUGCCGGGCGGCCUGGCCCCCGACCAGAACGCCCUCCCCGAGCGGCGGGCCCUGCGCCGCCCCCUGGACAAGGACCACGCCGGCCACCCGGCGGGCGCCCCUUUCUCCGGCCCGGGCCCGGCUCCGCCCGGCGUGCGGAGCUUCCGGGACCCGCCGGCGUCCGGCGGUUUCGACGCGUACCCCUACGGCCUCCCCACCCCUCCCGAAAUGUCCCCCUUGGACGCCGUGGAUCACGAGCACGCGCCCCCGUCCUACUACCCCGCCGUCUCCCGCUCGCCCCCCGAGGAGCACGGCCAGAGUCACGUGGGCAGCCCGCCGCCGUACCACCUGGACUACGCCCAGACCCGAAUCCACUGCGGGGGUGCGAACGUGUCCCACGUGACCCCCGGCGGUAGCGGCGGCCUGAUCCCCGGCCCGUACUACGGCGCCCCCCCCUUCCCCCUGACUCACCACUGCCUCCAGCACGGCCACCUCGGGCAGCUGUCCCCGCCGCCGGAGACGCAAGGCCACCUGGAGACUCUGGACCAGCUGAGCCAGGCCGAGCUCUUGGGCGAGGUGGACCGCGAUGAGUUCGACCAGUACCUCAACUCCGGAGGGGGCGGCUUCCAUCCCGAACAAGGCGGCGGCGGCGCCGUCACGGGCCACAUCCAGGUGUCCGCCGCGAGUACCGGCACGGAGACCAGUCUGAUUUCGGUUCUGGCCGACGCCACCGCCGCCUACUACAACAACUACGGCAUCUCGUGAGUUCGAGGGCGACCUCGGCGACAUUUGUCCCUCCGUUUUCUUGCGCCGCUCCCGUUCGGGGUCGCGGGCAGGUCGGAGGUCAUCCCAGGAGAGUGCGGCGGGGGAAGCGGGGCACGUCCUGAACUGGUCACCAGUCAAUAGCAGCGCACAUGUAACAAACAAACAUUCAUCCAGGCAUCCACGCAUUCAUCGUCUGAGCCGUUUCUCCUCACGCGGGUCGCGGGCGCCCUGAACUGGUCGCCGGCCAAUCGCAGGGCACAAUCAAACAAACAACCAUUCGCACGCAAUUUACAGUCUCCAAUCCAUGCGUGUUUUGGGGACGUGGGAGGAAAGCGGAGCGCCCGGAGAAAAGCCACGCGGGCACGGGGAGAACAUGCCAACUCCGAGCAGGCGGGGCCCCGCGGGGAUUGAACCCCGCACCUCAGAACUGUGAGGCAGACGCUCUAACCGGUCUUCCCGCCGUGCCGCCAAUUCAUCCGGACAUUUUUUCAUUUAUUAUUUUUUUUAAUUACCAUCACAUUCAGCAACAAAAGCGGGUUAUGCCCUGGACUGGUAGCCAUCCAUCCAUUUUCUAGGUUUUCACAGGUAGGCUAGAGUCCAUCCCGGGACACUCGCGACUUCCACCCUGGACUGGUCACCAGUCGAUCGCAGCACACACGUAGACAAACAAGCAUUCACAACUACGGGCGCGUCACAGUCUUCAGUUCACCUCAUCUGCAUGCGGUAGGACGCCAGAGUACGCAGACCGCAGACGUGCUAAACUCCAGGACACCGCAACAAAACCACAGACUGACAUAUCCAAAGUGGCCGGGGCCGCUAAAACGGGACACCUCGCGUCUGAAACCGUAGGUUUUUGGAAAUGCGGAACCAUUGACGGACGCUUGCCAGGAGCUCAUUUAAACCUUUUUUUUUUUUCUUUUUUGAAAAUGUUUUUGGUUAACCGUGGCUCUCGCUGACUCUUACCUCACGAGUUUUCACCCCAUUGAGGUUUUUGCCCCCUAUCCAAUGCUUAAUAAUACAAAUAUAUAUAUAAAUAUAAUCACAUAUAUGAUGAAACUAGGGUAAAAAAUGUAUGCUGAUUUAGACUGUAAUUUAAAAAUGAUGGAUUGUCAUUUCCUGUAAAAAGCAAACUUGUCAAUAAAAGCAAACGGCUGUGCAU